GUUCUCCUUGGCGGGCAGGCUGGCACACGGCAUGGUGCCGUUCCGCUGGCUCUCCGCCGGCCCCGCGCAGGGGGAGCAAGGGGGGGGGGGGAGUCUCACAAAAACAAGCCUCCUCACUCCGAGGCCGCACUUGCCAGCAGGGAGCUCUGCGCAUGCGCAGCCGGCGGGCCCUGAUGACAAGGAGCAGCGCGUGGCGAUGACGUAAUUUCAGCUGCUUCACAGCGAGACAGCCGUGAGAGUGUCUAUGAACGGGUAUACCCGCAGGGGAGAGUUACCAGCGUCUUGUAAAGUAGAGCGCGUUUCAGCGUGUCUUUCCUCACCUGGAUGUGUUUUGGCAGUUCUCGGCUGCCGUACAUAGUGCUCAGCAUUGCAUGCCGGGAGCUGUAGUUUGGUAGCCAGGUCACCCACGGGUCUAGUUAGGAAGCCGGGGUGAGUAGCAACUGGGGUCUCAUAUCACCCAUUGAAUGCCAUAUUGAAGCAGCACUAGCUACUAACAGCAAACCUCAUGGAAAAUAGACCCAUUUUAUUUGCAUUUAUGAACAAUAUUUGUACCAAUUUUUUUUUAUUUAAUUUUUUUUAAAUGGUGCAUUAAAAUAAUAUGUUGUAAUCUAUACAAUUCAAAUUGUAUCCCUUUUUUAUAUGCUGCAAAUAGAGCAGAGACUUAAAAUAGGUGGUUGGUAUUUGAAGAAGCUUUAUAUUCCCUUUUCAAUUUAAGAUCAUAAAAUGUUCUAAUUGGAUACAGAUUAGUCUUAUUACAUUUUGGUUAAUCAAUGAGGGAAAUAUUCUUUUAAAACUUGUGGAGUUAUUUUAAUUGCAGUAAAUGGUAAUAUUCAAUCAGUGUGACAUAUGAGCAAGGAUUAAUUGAAGGACAAGCCCCUGAGUGUUUUUUUUUUCUUAUUCUCAUAAAUUCUGUUUAGUGUAUUAGCACACUAAUAGCGUCUCAACAAGUCAAAAUGGUAAACUAUACGUACACCCCUACAGCUACAUCUCACAGACAUGGUCCAAUCAUGGCCAAACUGAUAUUUUCAGGGCUGCAAUAUCUCUCUUGCAGAGGGAACUUGUUGGCAUUUAAGAUGUGGACUUCCCUCUGACUUGUUCAGAAACUAACCGAAUGGCAAAAGGGUUGAGGUUUUGCGCAUUCUAAGUGAUUUUUUUUCCCCCCUAGUUUUGAAACGUUUUAAAAUAACUACAUCAUAAGGUGUUUUUUCUUUUACAUUUAUUUUAGGAGUGGAAUGACUUGUCAAAAUGAAUCGUUCUUGUAGCAUUGGGCUACUGAAGUGCUGUUUUGGUAAUUUGCAUUCUUGGACUCCCAUAGUUGCUCUGCAAAGAGCAGAAUUUAGACAUAUGAAACAAAUUGCUUAUGGGUUACAUUUGCAGAGUAGAUGUACAAUUUUUCCACAACAUGCUCACUUCACAAGAAGAUGUUACAGUAAGGAUUCCCACGCUAUAUGGCAAAGUGAAAAAUUGCAAGAUUACUUAAAUUCAUUAUGCAAAGAACAUGAACGUCUAAGUGAAAUGUUGAACCACACUUCUGUUCGAGAGGAAGAUAGAAGGAGUCUGGGAAAGAGGCAUUCUGAGCUCUCCCCAGUCACUGCUCUUCUUCACGAUAUACAGGCAGCGGCACUAGAAGCCAGAGAGUUGGAGUCCAUGUGUGCUGGUAAGGAUGAGAGUGUGUAAAUAUAUAAAACUUGUAUCAUACUUACCAAAAUAUUAUUUUCCCGGGAAGAGGCCAUGGCAGCACUAUACGCGCACCCUUAAUUUUUUUUUUCUUGUUUGUGUCAUUGAACUAAGACUGCGGAUGGAGUUUCUUUUAUUGUUUUAUUAGGAGGUGUUCCUGUCCAAUUAAUGAGUGGGAGGAGCUACCCAUCUGUAGUUCUGCCUAGAUAAAUCCAGGAAAUAUAUUUAAACAAACCUGAUGAUGUCAGAUGAACAUGUCUAUAAAAAAUUAGUGUGUAAGUUUAUGAAGGCAAGUGUUCUCUAGUUAGAACUCACAACAAUAGGGUUAGUCACUAAACCCUGAGUUGUAGUAAAUUGAGCCUAAAAUACAUAAGCUAUACUGUAUGAUACUUUUUUUCAGAUGGUCUGUUUUAGCCUGUGUUUUAACAUUCAGAUUUAAAAGGACACUGUAGGCACCCAGACCACUUCUGCUAAUUGAAGUGGUCUGGGUGCUGUGACCCUUUUGCACCUAGUGCUGCAAUGUUAAACAGUGUAGCUCUAAGUCUGCCCUCUGUGGCUGUCUAAUAGACAGCCACUGGGGGGUGCUUCUGGAAUCCUAACGGACUUUUGGUCCGUUAUCUGCAGGUCUAAUGCGCACGUGGCCUUUACCGCUCAUGCGCAUUAAGUCUCCCCCUCUGGCUGACAUCGGCAGGGGAGGAGCGUGGACUGAGCUUGUCCCAGCGCCAAGGGACAUCAGCGCUGGAUUCAGGUAAGUGGCUGAAGGCGUUUUAACCCCUUCAGCCUUGCUGGAGGCGGGGCCCGAGGGAUGGGGGACCUAAUAACCCUAUAGUGCCAGGGAAACAGCUUAGUUUUCCUGGCACUAUAGGAUCCCUUUAAGUGUGCUACAACUCCAUUAGUUGUAGAAAAUCCAUUAGUCGUGUGUACUUGAAAUCACUGCCUAACUGUUCCUGUAUUUGUUUUCUUUAAGAUAUAGACAGCAAAGAAAAGGAGGAGCUGCUAGAGCUGGCUAUAGAAGAAAAAUAUACAAUGAACCAAAAGAUUGAUAUAUUAUGCAGAAAGGUAGGUCUUCAUUAGAAUGGCAAUGCCAGGCCUCAGUUCAAUGUUAGCCUUUUCAUUCAUCCACCUUCAUCCACUUUACUUGUGCUCUUUUGUCCACAGUUCCCUCUGCAUGUUUAACACACUUAGCUCUGUUUCUCUUUUUGUCCCACUACGGUCUCUUUUUGACUCAUGUAAACUGCUUUGUUCUGUACUUUAGUUCAGAUAUUUUGUUAUGAUUUUUUUAGUUUGAGGUUACAGAAGUACGUGCAUAUUGUGGGGUGUGGUUUCAUUAGGUGUUAUAAUCCCCCAAUUAGCCAUUAGGGGUUAUAAUACUUCACACAUUUUCAUCAGUGUCAUGCUCUACUGAUAAUUGUUUUUUUUAUUUGUACAAAUUAAUUGCCUUUUCAUGUUAGCAUGUCUGUGGGCAAUUGGAUGUUAGCUGGAUCAGCCUGUAGAAUCUGUCUUUACCAUAUUUAAGGGACACUAUACUCACCAAAACAACUUUAAUGUAGCACUUUGGGUGUAUAGAUUAUACCUCUGUAGUCCCACUGCUCAAUUUUGCCUUGUAGGACUUAAAUCACGUUUGUUUUUGUUCAUGCAGCCCCAGCAUCACCUCCCCUGGCUGUGACUGACAGCCUACAUGAAAAAAUUGUUUCAUUUGCAAUCAGAUGUUAAAUUACUUUAUAAGUUUUAUCUCCUACUCUGUAAAUUGAACUUUAAUCACACACAAGAGGCUCCUGCAGCAUCUAGCAAGCUAUUAAUAGUAUAGGAGAUAAGAAAUUACAAAUUAAGCGGACCGUGCAAUAAAGGAAGUGUAAACAUUAGCUCUCACUUUACAGGAAGUGUUUAGGAAGGCUGUGUAAGUUGCAUGCAGGGAGGUGUGACUAAGGCUGCAUAAACACAUAAACAAAGUGAUUUUACUCCUAAAAAGGAACACUUCAAGCACUAUAAUCACUACAGAGCACUAUAACAACUACAGAGCUCUGUAGUAGUACCUGGAAAGCCCUGGUUUUUCCAGUGUAAGAAGUCAAACCAUUUUAGAAAGAUCCCUACUUGGGAUCUGCUAGGUGACUCUCCCUGCCUCCACUACUUCCUAUAAUGAGCCGGAAGCGCCUAAGCAACACCUUCUGUUAGCUUUCCUGUUCACUGCAGGGCUAGCUCAUUGGUUGAGAGCAGCUGCUUACUACUCUCAGCCAGAGAACUAAGUCCAUCUAAAACUAAGGUUUUUGAUGGAAGUAGUAAAGGUAGGAAGCAGACACCGGAAGGACUGAUGGUAAGAAAAUACACGGUUCUACAACAUCAUGCCUACACACUGCUACCAAGGAUCAUAGGCCAUACCACCUCCGCAGAUUAAAAGAGAUAUAAAAUGGCUGUUACAUUACAGACCAAACUUUGAAAAGCGAUAGGUGAGCGCUUCAAUGCCCAAACUAGGUUGGGUACGACACCGACGGGACACAUGACGGGAGCAGAACAGGUAAGCCGGUGUCUAGUCUAUGAGCGUGUACGGCAGCAGGAGGAUUCCACAUUCCCUCCCCUACACACACUCACACAUACAUUACCUCCUUAUCCUCCUCCCGGACAUCUCAUACUCCUCACUAACCCCACCCCACCUAAAUAGGGUAAAAAACAACAUUUAACUGCAUUCCUUACUCGCAGACCCAGGCACACUGAUACCUGGCGACACUACACCGAAAUGGGGAAGCAGCCUAGACAUUACACUGAAUUAUAGAGUCGGAGUGAAAUUACACACGGAGAAUGGCGCUGACACACAGCCACUUUGACUCCCUUCAGUAAGGGAGUACCGACAAGUUGGCCCAGCCACAAAGAAGGGCAGAAAAAGAUAAUGGAAACUCGGAACUCAGACAGAGUACACCUUACACCAUGCCUAGGCCUUCACAAAAUAUAAAAACCCCCCCCCCCCCCCCCCCACCUCUAGUCUCUUGCAACACUGGUAUCAUGCCACGACACAUGCAUGUUACUCUAAGGGAAUCACCACACAAACCCACAUACAAUCUCUCCCUACCAACAUUGACAAAUUUUACUAUACUCGCAGCUCCAUGAUUAUCAAUAGACAUACAUGUCCACACGGACUCAUAUAAUAUCUACACAAAGCACUCAUUUGUAUGAAACGAUUACGAUCUUGCUUAUUGUCACAGGAUGUAAACUGAUACUGGAAUAGGAUUACUAUGGUAUACAAAUAUGUUUAGAAUACGUAUAAGCACUGUUUCUAUGUUACUACUAUUUUACGUCAUUAUGUUGAGAUGGGCCUGCGUGCCCAAAACUUGCUCCACUUGCUUGAUAAAAUUCAAAAUAAACAGAUUAACAAAAAAAAAAGAAAAUACACGGUUCUACAGUGCAUUGUGGUGAUUAUGGUGCUUGGAGUGUUUAAAGGGACACUGUAGGCACUAUAACCAUUUAAUCUCAUUGAAUUGGUUAUAGUGUCUGGAGUGACCUGGAACUGUACCUCCAUUCAGUCUUAAAGCAUUUUUGACAAAUUUAAAACUGAUUGUCCCUGCCUUCCCAUAGUUCCAUCCCCAGUGGAGGUAUGGAUAAGACAUAGCAUACUUCUUGUAGCAAUACCGAUUCAUAUCUGUGAUAAACUGAAAGCAGUCAGCUGACACUCUCAGCCAAUCCCAGCCGCCCAUUGUUGCACGGCUAAUGCUCUUUCAGUAGCCCUAUCAGCACAGAAGGGACGAGUUGCCGAGGACUCUUGUUUAGCAUUAAAGUGACACUGUCACCAGCCCCUUAAAAAUUACUUUUUCAAAAAGAUAAAAUCUUUAUGAAAUCCUCAUAUUGACUGUGUUAGAAUUUCACUAAAAUUCCAACCCAGUCAAGAGAUAUACAGAGACAAAGUAGGGACUACAUUGUCCCUGUAUAUUCCCUUCAUCUGACGCUUCUAGACACUGGGUGGAGCUACCUUUGUCUAGAAGUGUCAAUCCCCCAGACGUCAUCUGUGAUGGCUGCAGGGAAGUGGCUUUAUCUAUGGACGAUCCCAUGGUCUUGCAAAUGGAGACACAGUUUUAAAACAUUAAACUGUUUCAUGUGGAGAGUAAAGACAGCGCUGGAGACUCCAGGCACUAUAACCACUUCAAUGAGAUUAAGAUGUUACAGUGCUACAAUGUCCCUUAAAGUCAAAGCCAGUCUGGUGCUGCACUGGUGCAUAGUAUAUGGCCUCAUAAACAUGGGAACAUAUGGCUGCUUAGCACUAGCUCCCAGGUACAUAUUGUUUCAUCAUGACAUUUGAAAACAAAAAAAUACCACCCUGUUCUCUAGCAGUCGAAUUAUACUUGUACAUUGCUACGCGAAUUAAUCCUCAGACAGGUUAGAUUGUCUCCAUAUUUUUCUCACAAAUUAUGUGUUGCUCAUUUAAUUGAUAUAAAGAUAAAGAAAAUGUGAUGUUUAAAGCUGCAUGUCACUUUAGAGCUUUUCAUAAAAAGAAAAUGCUUAUGAAAAGCUCAAGCUCCUGCCAACAAUCAGAAGUCAUACAGUGAAACAAGGUAAGGACAUUGGGAGAAAUUUACCAAAGUGUUCUGAAAAGUGACUGUUAAUAUCUGUCACUAUUUUGAUCUUUACAAUAAAUUUUGCCAGUUUUCACACAAACUUCCAUUUCAGAAGACUGACAAAUUUACAGUGGCAGGAACAGUUCUGUUAGACACACAUUCUGUUAGAAAAAGUGUCGUAAAAUAUAUUGCGUCAGUGACAAAGCUGUGCAUGUUAAAACAUGUCAGCUAGGGUGCAAAAAAGCUACACGAAAAUCUGACGGAUUUAAUAAACUGCACCAACAAAUACAAUUACAUGAAAAAAGUGUCAGCGGCACUUUGAUAAAUCUCCCCCUGUGUGUGUAUAAACAUGAAGUGAUAAGGCUUGACGAAGAUCUUGAGGGGUUGAAAGGUUGGUAUGACACAUCUUGGCAGUGGCUGUAAUAAAGUAUUCUUAAUAAAUAUUUUUACUCUACUUUAGAGACUGAGGGAUGAAGGCCUCACAGCAACACCCUGGCAGAAAGCUGCUCUCUGCAAAAUUCCUUCAAAUAAUUUGGAUCCAGUUGUGCUUUAAGAGUGAAAUGAUGUUUACCAUGAGUUUAAAUAUUUUGUAGUUAGAUUUGAGUCUGGAUAUGUGCCAGCUAUUGUAUGCGUAUUUUAAACAGCUGGUGUGGACAUUUACUUCGUUUGCUUGCUUCCAGCUCUUGGAGAUCUUGGUUCCGAAUGAAAAAUAUGAUAUGAGUGAUGCCGUAUUAGAAGUGACGUCUGGCAGAACUACUGGAGGUCAGAAUGUUGUAUUAUUUAUUGCCCUAGCAUAAGUAUUUUUUUCUUCUGUGCUGUAUUAUAAAUAAUGAAAAAAUAUCCAUGAAACUCUCAGAGGGGUGGUACAAACAGAUUUGCAGUUUGAUUCAGUGUGGAAGUUUAAACAUUCACCACUAGUGCUAAGGAAGGUUAGCAGGGGUAAAAAUGUGUGCCCAUUCAUACACACAGUGAUUGCAACAGCCCAAAUCCUUGUAAUGUCACGUUUUCUGACCACCAAAUAAGAAUUAAGUCCCUACUUGUGUUGCCUGGGCAGUUGGCAGAAGCUUAAGGUAGAUAAAUAUACCUGAAAAUCUCAAUUGUGGGUACUACCAUCUUUUUUUUGUUUAAGAUUUAUAGAUUCUGUAGCUGCCCAUAGUUGUGUUAAUGUUGUACUCAAGUGUCUCUACAGGAUCCCACAAAACUGCAGGAGCCACCAUAGACCAACUCUCAGGAUGUGUUGGGGUUCUUUCUGAAUGCUAGUCUAUUAGUCUUUAUUAUUAGUCUGUUGGUCUAUUCGCAUUCCAUUCAAGCAGAUAUGUCACCAAAAUAUGUUUUUGCACUGCAUGCAUGCAUGCAUAGUAGUCAAGUUUACAAGUCUUGACAAUGGGCUUAAAGGAACACUCUAGAGGCGCUUUCUGCUGCAGCAACAGAGUAAACCUCUGUCACGUGACUGCAGCCGCCAUAGGAAAGCUUUGAUUCAAUUCAUUCCUAAGGGGAAAUUUGAUGCAAUUAACCAUUGAAGAGGAAGUCAUGCCUCCUCCAUGACAUCGCAGGAGACGAUAACGCUGAUACGUUUGUAUUCCUAAUGAAACAUAGAAACAUAGAAUGUGACAGCAGAUAAGAACCAUUCGGCCCAUCUAGUCUGCCCAAUUUUUUUUUUAAAAUACUUUCAUUAGUCCCUGGCCUUAUCUUAUAGUUAGGAUAGCCUUAUGCCUGUCCCAUGCAUGCGUAAACUCUCUCACUGUGUUAACCUCUACCACUUCAGCUGGAAGGCUAUUCAAUGCAUCCACUACCCUCUCAGUAAAGUAAUACUUCCUGAUAUUAUUUUUAAUGCAUUAAAUAACGCUGAUACAAGUUUGUUUUCUAAUGCAUUAGUGUUCCUUCAAAGCAAGGUUCUGUUAAAGUUACCAUUGCCAAUCAAAUUUUCCCACAGAAGGGCAAACUUCUGACAUCAUGGGGAGAGGAAAACAAAAUGGUUGUGCACAUAUAUUGAGAUCCAGCACACGGAAGAAAUUAUUUCAAAUAAAAGUUGCAUUAACAAGAAUAUAGUUGUUAAGAUAAAAAUGACAGGGCAACUUUAAUAGAGGAUGACGUACAUGAUUCAAAUAGUUAUAAUUUACAUUUAAUAUAUGGAAAGGCAUAUGAUUGCCAUGUUUGGGGAAAAUCAUUACUCAUUGCAUUGAUUCUUUUUCAGGUGACAUUUGCCAACAAUUUACCAAAGAAGUUUUUGAGAUGUAUCAGAAUUAUGCUGAUUUUAAAUCUUGGUGCUUUGAAAUUCUGAAUUAUACUCCCUCUGAAUAUGGUAGCGUAUCGUGUCCCUACCUUUCCAAAAUCUUCUUUUAUUGUGGAUGAAAUGACCGUAAUGUAAAAUAACUUGAAAACAGAAACUCAGAAUUAAAUUUCUUCCCCAAACCGAGGACAUUUUCAAAUCGAUUUUUUUGUAGUUUGUUUGUUUUUUGGGGGGGAGGGGGCAGAGGGGGAUAAUUAUGGUUAAUCUCUUACAAAACUUUAUAAUGUCCUUCCGUUAUGAAAGAAUGCAGCAGACCCCCAGUAGUAUUGGCAGUACUUGUCAUUUUGUGACCAAUAGAAAUCACAGAUAUUUUCAUAUCAUGUUCCAGUUGUUGCAGGUACAUUGAAAUACUAAAUAUUUGUAGUGGUUAUUCAAGAUCAGAUGUAAUUUUAUUUUUCAUCCAAGUUCACAGACCUCUUAAAAUAAUACCCAGAGACCCCUUGUUUUAGAGCUUUUUUUGAGUAUUCCUUUAAAGUAUGGCACUCUUUUUAAAGAAGGCAUGUUUCUAAUGAUGUGAUUGUGGUCCCGUUGGAAGCCAUUCUUAUCUGAGCCCAUGAAUUGUGUUUGCAGGUGGGUUGCAUCAUGCAGCCGCACGGAUUUCAGGAGAAGGAGUGUAUAAGCUAUUGAAAUAUGAAGGAGGAACUCACAGGGUACAGAGGAUCCCUGAGGUUGGCCUUUCAUCCAGGAUGCAGAGGAUCCACACAGGGACCAUGACUGUUAUUGUGCUUCCCCAACCAGCCGAGGUAAAACGUAUAAUGUGAACGUGUUUGUAUAAUUGUUACUGUAUGCAUUCUGGUGGUGAUAGAUAUGUCAGCUCUCUAUGUAAGAGGAAUAAUUACUGACCAUGUAUUUUGUACAGCGCUUAUACUAGAGGAAAGACACAGUAAGUGUGCAAACAAUGCAGACAUUCUAAUGGAGUAACAAGAGGGGUGUAAUCUCUGCACAUUGGAUUGAGAGGCCCUUGCCCUGCAUAAAUAACUUUUUGUGUGGCUGCCACAAAUUUGAUUAUUACAAACAUUAUAACCCAGGCCUUGGUUAUUGUUAGAGUUUUGUCUCUCUUCUGGCCAAGGAAGAGCAGGAAAGCAAUUACUUGUCUCUCACCAUCUAAACUUGUCAAGUUUGAUCACUGGUGAUUAGAAGCUGCUGCUGUUUGCAACUUUCAUAACUGCUGCUGGUUUAGGAGAAACAGAAUCACAGCUUCUUUUUAACCCCUUAAGUAUGGAGGUAAUUAUCCAACUUCUGAACCAACACAAAACCUAGAAUUUGUGGUAUAUGUUUGUCCAACCGUACUUUAAUGGUUUCUCUUUAAGUGCACACAUACAUAUUAUAUAUUAUUGUUUUAAAUGACAGAAAGGGCUCUUUUAAUAUCUUAUAUGUAUACCUAAUACCUAAAAUUUAAGUAUGAAUAAAAUGUUAAAGAUAGGGAAAACAUUUGAACAAAAAGUCUAAUUUUUGGUUAUAAUAGUUUUUACACAUAAAGUGCAACUAAAGAAAAAUACAAACUCAAAAUAUAUCCAUGUAUCAGUCCUAAUUGUUGCAUGCCUCAUAUGUUUAGGAUCUAAAUACAUUUUUAGUAGCUAACAUUAACUAUAUACCAACCCUUCCACACACGUUAACCACAAAAGUACCCUAUACCUAUGCUUAUGCUUUAACCUAACUUUAACACGACACUAACCCUAGGCCUACAUUAACCUGUACCAUAUCCUAACCCUAAGGGAUUCCCUCUGCUAAUGUCAGUGCUGAUAUCCGCAAAGUGAUUUCCAAACUAAAACAGUACAGAGUGGUCUCUGAAUGCCAUCUACUGGCUGUUUGCAGUAUAAGAGGGAGAUCUCCCUCUCAUGCUGCAGUAGAGGCAUGUUGUGUCUGCCUAUCACUCUGAUCAGCCCUGGGCAGCUGGCACAGCCCAGCACUGACCACUACCAGCAGGGAGACCCUCUCGGACAGCAUGCAGUUUGAGAAUCAACGAGGCUGAGUAUAAUUGCUCAGCCAAGAGUAUUUAAAUCUAAUUUAAAGAGCUGUAUGCAGCACUCAUUUUUAAGUGCCGCUUACAGCUCAUCGGUCAGUCUGGGGCCACUAUGUAUGGAAUAAAUAAGGGAUUAAAACCUCACAAUGUUGACAACGCUCUCUAAUCCUUUCACUGCUCCAAUCCAGGUCUGCCUCUUCACACAUCCAGCUACGCACUGUAAGCAUUUCCCAUCUGACAAUGUGACAUUACUUUCAGGGAAGUGAAACAGUAGACUAGAGAGAGGGAGAUAGCUGGAACUGCAAUAGUUAACACUAUUUUAGUAAGAUUUAUAUGUAAAGCCCAGACACAACAUAUUUAUAUUUAUUUAGGCAUUUCCUAGAGGCACUAGUCACUAUACUUCUUGUUGCCCAUGGUCCACAUUAUGUUUGUGAAAGAAAGUAGGUAUUGAAUAUUUUCUACCUACCAGUUUUUGUGAUGCUUUAUAUAUUUUUGUACCAUAGUACCAUAAAACCAUAUGCUCAUCGUAUAAGUUCAAGUAAAUGGAAGGCCCUUUGUCUCCCCUCACACCUUUUGGUAAUAUAAAGCACAUGCUGCAGCUAUAUGCCUGUCCUAUUCCUCACAGGAGAAAGCUCUUCUUGUGCUCGUACAUCAUGCUCCUCAUUCAAGUUACCACUUCCCCUCACUAACUCUGAUCAAGAGCCUAAGCUGCAGUAGCUUGCAUGCACAGUUGCUAGUUUGUAGUGCACUCUAUGCAUAGCUCCGUUCACAAUAUGUUUGUUAAUUAAUGGGGGCACCAUUAGAAUGUUUUUGCAGCUACAAUCAUCCUCUUUGAUGAGUGGAACACCUGCGGUCAAGGAUUAAACGAUAUGUCUGAUAACCCCCUGCUUUACCCCAUAGAUCAGAAUGAGAAUCCCUAAACUGGUGGAGCCCAUUUCUGUUCUGAGAAUUUCCUGCUCUUGGUUCUCUUUCUCCCUCUGUGCCUCUCUAACUCUCCAUCCCCCCAAAUGUAAAGUGACUAAAUUAUGUAUACUGGUGAGUUCUAGCACUGUAUUGUUUACUUUUUUUCUAUAUUUAGGUUGUUAUUUUAUCGACACAGUGAUUUAAAAAAAAGUUAAUCUGAUAUAAUUUAAAGUAUACAACAUUUAUUCACAUUAAAUUGGGUUAUUCCACCGUAAAUCCCUGUGAGUGCACUUUAUCAUUUUUUUAAAUUUACAUUGAUGCACACAGACAACCUUGUUACAAAUGUAGGACGUGGUAGCUUAUCAGCAUUUAAUGUUUCUACUUUGUUUGCAGGUAGAUAUAAAAAUUAAUCCGAGGGACCUGCGCAUCGAUACGUUCAGAGCCAAAGGAGCGGGGGGACAGCAUGUCAAUACAACUGACAGCGCUGUGAGAGUUGUGCACUUACCUACAGGUUAAAACCAUAAGGCAAAAAUUAACAUGCUUCUUUAUAAAAGCUUUAAUGUUGGAAGUGUUUAAAAAUAAAACUGUCUGUAAAUUAUCAAAAAUCAGUCAUUGGGUGAUAGGUGAUAAGUCAUAUGUACUUGAUGUCAAGUUAGUGGUGGCAACUACAAACAUUCCAUUAGAUAAUGGUGUGAAUAAGUAAACAUAAAGUGGAGCACACAAAUUCCUUUUUCUUCUCUUCUUAUCUACUUCAAUGGUGAGAUAAAACAUAACAGAAAAGCAAUAGUUUAUGGGUAAUGAACACCAUACAAUAUAAGAUAUGUUGAUUUGUACUAACAAAAGUAGAGCCAAUAGAUAGACAUGUCUCUAAUGGAGAACAUGUGCAGAUAUAUAAUGGUAGUCCCAAUCUCUUUACUUCAUAUUUCAUCAAUCUACAUUGAUACGCUUUGUUAUAAAAUGAAAGAGAUCCUACAAAACGUUAGAAUUCAUAGAUGAUCUCAGGUGCGCAAUAGUGUGCAUAAUACAAGAAGUUACCUGUUCCCUUGAGAAAUGACAAGAUGUGAUAGCAGAAGCUGAUGAUUUCACUAGCAGUAAAUAUAGUAAUUAACAAAAUAUUCAUUGAGUUUUUAAUCUUUUUAUUUUUUUUUAUAUAUAUAUAUAUAUAUAUAUAUAUAUAUAUAAUUACCAUGCCCUAUUGGCAUUACUUGUUAAUUAAUUGUCAUCUUUGCCCUAGCGCAGGGGUAGGAAACCUUUGGCUUUCCAGAGGUUGUGGACUACAUCCCCCAUAAUGCUGUUACACUCAUAAUGCUGGCAAAGCAUAAUGGAAGUUGUAAUCCAAAACAUCUGGAGUGCCGAAGGUUGCCUAUGCCUGCCCUAGUGUGUCCAAUCAAUUGCUUCUUAAAGACUCCUACUAGCAUGACCACUUGAAAUCACUGAAGUGAAGUGGUCAUGGUGGUUGGAGUAACCCUUUCGGGGUUUUCUCAUCUUCAGUUGAAUAAUCUGUAUUUCUGUUAGUGUGAAUGUUCUGCUAAAUCAUUGUAUGUUUGUGGAUGUUACAUUUUAUGAAGAAAAUGGAUUUUCAUUGUUUGAGUGGGAGAAAAAAUUACUUGACUUUAUACUGCUCUAGAACGUAUACAUAAUUACAGCUGUACCCUCUGGAUUUAUGUAGGUAUUGCAGUGGAGUGCCAGCAAGAACGCUCCCAGAUUUCAAAUAAGGACAAGGCAAUGAAAAUGCUGAAAGCGAAACUGCAUCAACAAACCGUAGAAAAUGAAUUAUCUCAGAGGCAAAGUGCUAGAAAAUUGCAGGUUCAAAACAUACUUUGUAAUAAGUUGUCAAAGUGGUUGAGAGAACUUGGAGUAAUAUAUAGUGUAUUAUUUUAAUGUUGUUCAUGGGAGAAGUAAGGGAACACUUGUUUGAAGUUAUUCAGCUUUUGUCUGUUCUCAGCGUGUGAAGGCUAGACCAUUAGUCCGGCCUGUAUAAUGGCAUUUGGGGAAUAAAGCAAGAAAUAGAGAGAUGGGGAGCCAGCCAGGACAUUAAUACCUGCCCUUCUUCCACCUAUUACACGCUUGAGGUUGUUGUGGAAGCUUUGUGUCACUAACGUUUAAAAAUAUGCAACUAAUGAUGCAGUUGUUUCCAAUAGCCCCAAAAAAACAGAACAAACAAUGUGGGAAACACCAGCAAACUCAUUUUAUGCUAAAAAGAGCCACCAAUUUGCUCAGAUUCCUGAUAAACAUAAAAUAGCGGAGUAUUUAAGAAGAUAAUCAUAUUGAUUGAAAGUAUGUUUGGUUUACAGCAUAUGAUGUUUUGGUUACAGGUAGGAACCAGAGCUCAGUCUGAUAGAAUUCGUACGUACAAUUUCACUCAGGACAGAGUGACUGAUCACAGGAUAUCCUAUGAAGUGCGCAAUAUAAAGGUAUAUACCAGGAAAAUGUAUAGUCUGUUAUGUGUUUUCCUUGCAUAACAAGCAAAUCAUAUAAUAUACUAACAGAUCCAGGGGUAAGCCUGCCACUUUGCUAAUAGUUACUAAUUUAAAGUUCUUUUUUGCAGAUGUAAAUUUUGCACGGAAUGUCCCACCCCACUCCAUCUCUUUUGCCUGUCUCUGUCUCCCAUUGUUUCAAGUGUGGCGUUUUUAUACACUGACCUUCUCUGUGUGGGUCCUUUGUCAUUUAUAAUAUGAAUCUCUUACAGGGUAUUCACUAAACUCAAGAUUUGAAUUUUCAAGAUUUAAAUUCAAUUUGGUAGUACAAGGAUAAAAAUAACUAAUCUGGAAAAAUUAUCCAACUCAGCCAUAGUCACAAAGUGGCUAUUUUUGCCUCCUUUUUUACCAUUCAUAUGUAAUUCAUGAAAACGAGGAGUUUAGUACAUAAUGCUGUUAGUAUAAAUUACUGCCCCUACUGUACAUACCUGCAGCAGCCACCAGUACAAAUUAAAUAUUUAUUAUUAUUCGCAUCUAUACAGCAAUAACCUAUUCUGCAGCACAUAUGGUCUACUGCGUAUACCAACAGCAGUCCUUUAAACUACACAAUUCCCGUCUCCGUCAUAUCCACCUUAUAGACGAACAUACAUUCCUACAUAAUACGGUCAUAUACACAUUCUCCCAUAGUAAAUGGUGAUAUAAAAAUUCUGAUACAUGCAGACUUACUGUAUAGGAGAGCGCGUGCUUACUUGUAUGUGUGUGUGUGUAUUCACAUACUGUAAUUAGCAAAGGAUAUAUUUAUAUAAUCCAACUUCUACAUCCUAUAUGAAUCUGAACUAUGAAAUAUAAAAUACAUACUGCUUUAUCCUCAUGAAUCUGUAUGAAUGGAGGUUUAAUAAGAAUGUUAACCAUACUUGUGAAGGAUUUUUCAUGUAUUUGCCUGUGGGCCCUGAGUUAAACCUUCUCCCUGCUGUUUAAAUGCUUGUAUCCGUUCGGUUCAAUAUGUAUGUACCACUUUAAGAACCAAGGGUAUGUGUGUGUAAUGCAUUGCAGAACAUUUUUAAAAAGUUGACAGUUGGCAGUUAAUUCCUGGAGCCGAGAUUAAAGUUCAGUUGACUCCCUGAACGGUGUUUCAUCUGGUUACUGGGGGAUUUGGGAUAUUACCUUCUAUACCAGCGGAGAUCUGGGGACUUAAUAUUGCAGUCCCGUUACAACUGGUUGGCAGCGGCGGGAUUUUCCCUUCUACUUCCGUUACACCAGGAUUCCAAGCAGACACUGGCAACAGUGAAUGGAAGGCUGGUACACCCUGCUUAAAAGAAAUACACUGAAAGAGCUACUGGAAGCUCGUGGAAGGAUUGCUAGCAACAAAACCAAGCAGGUCAUUAUAGCAGAGUUAAUGGAGCUAGACCGAGAGAACUUGGUUGCAGCAAUGCCAGCUGUACAAGAGAUGGAGACACCAGUGAUUCAGGAGGAGGAAUCACCAGCCAACAAAGAAAUGAGGGAGAAGCUAGCAUGGUUCGGUCCAAACCCAACGGCUGACAUUAUUCUGAAAGUAAUGAGCCUUUUAGCGGAGGAGGCUAAACAAAAAAGAGACGCAGAGCUACAAUUAAAACUGGCAGCAGUCCAGCAGGCAGCAGCACACUUCCCAAACAGUGAGUACAACACAGCGGAUACAAAGAAAAUUCCGUUCAGCGCUUUUAAAGCUUUUGACGAAAAAGACUGUGAGAUUGAUAACUAUUUAGCAGAUUUUGAGCGGCAAUGUAACCUGCACCGGAUAGCUAAGGAAGAAUGGGUUUCAAUAUUGUCAGGAAAGCUGUCAGGCAAAGCCUCUGAUGCUUUCCGGGCUGUACCAGAACAGGAGAUCCACAGCUACGCCAGGGUUAAAGAAGCACUCCUGGCCCGUUAUGCAGUAACCCCAGAGUCCUACCGACAGAAGUUCAGGGACUCACGCAAAACCGUUAAAGAUUCCUACGUGGAAUGGGCAUGCCAGUUAUCCCUGUCGGCCUCGAACUGGGUUAACAGUAGCCAGGCGGCCACCGCGGAGGAGAUUUUGCAACUGAUACUCCUGGAACAGUUUUACAACCAUAUCCAGGCGGAUGUCAAAGACUGGGUGAGAGACCGCAGGCCCCUGUCUCUACCAGAGGCCGCCAAGUUGGCGGAUGAGUAUGCGGAUACUCGCAAAAUUAACCAAGUUGCACCACGGGUACAACCUCCAAAACCUUCAGUGCCAUCACACCCACCAGCAGCCCGAUACCAACCCCCUAACCGACCGGUGACUUCUAACUCUCGCUACCCACGACAGGAUGUCAGCGAGCUACGUUGCUUCCGGUGCCGACAGCUGGGUCACAUCCGACAGAAUUGCCCCAUGAACAACCACACCAGGUCAAAUUGGUCUCGACCUGGGUACCAGCAACCACCAGCAGCAGCCCAUUGUGUAGAUUCGACUUGGGAUCCCAAGGAGCUGGGUCAGGAAGAACCAUUGGGCACCCUUUACGAAGCCCUCAUGGUGCAAUCCACCGUCACAGACAAUCGGAAACACCAUUGCCAACUGGUCAUGGUUAACGGCAAGACAGCACGGGGAUUAAGAGACAGUGGUGCAACCAUCACGCUAGUACAACGACAUCUCAUUAACGCAUCGGAGAAGCCGGGGAAAUCAAUUGCUGUGAGAGUGGCAGGGGGGGCAGUGUAUCGCAUUCCUACCGCACAAGUACACCUGGACUGGGGUGCGGGAGCUGGCAAUGUUCAAGUGGGCGUAAUGAAAGACUUACCCUCUGAAGUCGUGUUGGGCAAUGACAUUGGGCCCCUGACUUCGGCGUUCGCCUCAACCACCGCUCAGGAGGCCCACGCAGUAACCACCAGAGCACAAAGUCGCGCUGCCGAGAGCCAUCCGCUUCCUACUGAGACCCAGGUAAGCCAACCCGACCUACCCCUGACUAUAGAACCCCUUCCCUGGGACACCCCAGAAGACUUUGGGCGGGAGGUGACCGGAGACCCUUCCCUCAGAAAGUAUCGAGAGAAGGCCAGGCGGGGAACGGGGGGGUUAGAGAAGGAACAGUUUAUCUGGGAAAAAGGCCGCUUGUACAGGCUCACCGAGACACGGGUUAACGCACCUGGGCCUAGGCAAAAACGCCAGCUGGUAGUUCCACGGAAAUACCGGCGGGAGUUAUUGAGAAUUGGGCACGACGUUCCUCUGGCAGGACACUUGGGAAUACGCAGGACGGGAUAUCGGGUAACCCAGAACUUUUUCUGGCCUGGGGUAUCCGAUGACGUCCGGGCGUAUUGCCAGACGUGCGAGAUAUGUCAACGCAUAGGUAAGAAGGGAGACCACCCAAAGGCUAAACUGGUCUCCAUGCCCAUAAUUGAAGAACCGUUCACGAGGGUAGCCGUGGACAUCAUAGGACCCUUGGCCCAACCUAGCCGCUCCGGCAAACGUUAUAUCCUCACAGUGGUAGAUUACGCCACCCGUUACCCUGAAGCGGUGGCCCUUUCUAACAUACAGGCUGAGACGGUGGCAGAUGCACUAGUCCGGAUAUUCUCCCGAGUGGGCUUUCCCAAGGAGGUACUGUCCGACCAAGGUACACAGUUCACGGCCGAGGUAACCCAGCAGAUAUGGAAAGUCUGUGGAGUUAAAUCCCUGACUAGUUCCCCAUACCACCCCCAGACUAAUGGCCUGUGUGAACGCUUCAACGGGACGCUAAAGCAAAUGUUGAAGUCGUUCACGGGGGCGUACAAGGAUUGGGAGCGGUUCCUGCCACACCUUCUCUUUGCCUACCGAGAGGUGCCGCAGGAAUCAACCGGAUUCUCACCCUUCGAACUCCUAUAUGGGAGGCGGGUGAGGGGGCCUUUAGAUCUUAUCAAGGACCACUGGGAGGGGCAGACGGAGAUUGAGGGGACCCCGGUUGUACCUUAUGUGCUGGAACUGCGGGACCGCAUGGAGGAACUAGCCCAGGCGGUGCAGGGAAACCUCCAGGCGGCCCAGCAGCGUCAGAGGGUAUGGUAUGACCGACGGGCUAGGCACCGGAGCUUUCAGAUCGGCCAAAAAGUCAUGGUGCUAAGACCGGUCCGAACAGACAAGCUCCAGGCCGCCUGGCAGGGCCCCUACAAAGUUAUAGGGCAGAUAUGCGACACCACCUACACCAUAGCUAGCUGCGAGGAUGAGGAUGUGAAGCGAACCUUUCACAUCAACAUGCUUAAGGCCUAUCAGGAACGGGCAGAGGAAGUGACCGCUAUCUGUGCACCAGCAGGGGAAGACACAGAGACACUACCUCUUCCCGACCUAUUGGGCAGCAACGAAGGGAGGACCCAGAUAGAGAAAGUCCAGCUAGGCGAACAACUGGGACCACAAGAGAGGGCUCAAGCUGUCCGCUUGCUAGAAACCAAACAGGCCACAUUCUCUCAGGAGCCUGGGUACACACUCCUAGCCGUCCACAAGGUGGAAACUCCAGGGCAAGCACCCCUGAGGCAGCUCCCUUACCGUAUUCCGGAAGCAGUCCGAGAAGGGAUGCGGAAGGAAAUCGAUGAGAUGCUUCGGCUAGGGGUAAUAGAACACUCAGAAAGUCCUUGGGCCUCGCCGGUAGUCCUAGUACCAAAGAAGGACGGGACAACCCGCUUCUGUGUGGAUUACCGGCGACUCAACGACAAAACAGUUUCUGACGCCUAUCCAAUGCCACGGAUGGACGAACUGCUUGACCGUAUCUCUGCAGGGAAGUAUCUGACCACAAUUGACCUAUGUAAGGGAUAUUGGCAGAUUCCCCUAGCAGAAGAUGCCAUACCCAAGUCUGCCUUCAUCACCCCGUUCGGCCUAUACCAAUUCCGGGUUAUGCCAUUCGGGAUGAAGAACGCCCCGGCCACCUUCCAACGGAUGGUGGACCAAUUACUGGGAGGUCUCCAGGACUACGCAUGCGCCUACCUGGAUGACAUCGCCAUCUAUAGCGAUACCUGGGAAGCGCACCUAGAACACGUAGGGGUAGUAUUAGAUAGGAUAAAGGGGGCCGGGCUGACCCUGAAACCAGACAAAUGUCAUUUGGGUAUGGCGGAGGUACAAUAUUUGGGACACCGAGUAGGAUGUGGUAAGCAACGGCCGGAGCCGGCUAAGAUCGAGGCCGUUGCCAAUUGGCCCACUCCCCAAACCAAGACACAAGUCAUGGCUUUCUUGGGCACAGCCGGCUAUUACAGACGCUUUGUACCCGACUAUAGCGCCCUAGCCAAACCCCUGACCGACCUGACCAAAAAGAAGUUACCCCGACAAGUCCUGUGGUCCCCGGAAUGCGAGGUGGCUUUCCAAGCACUAAAGAAUGCUCUCGUUAAUGCUCCAGUGUUGGUUACCCCAGAUCCUAACAAAAGGUUUAUUGUCCACACAGACGCUUCAAUGUUUGGACUGGGGGCAGUACUAAGCCAGAUCGGAGAGGAUGGGGGAGAGCACCCGGUGGCAUACCUGAGUCGGAAGUUGUUGCCAAGGGAGGUCAGUUAUGCCACCAUUGAGAAGGAGUGUUUGGCCUUGGUAUGGGCACUCAAAAAGCUCACACCCUAUCUCUAUGGCCGGGCCUUCACCCUCAUUACGGAUCACAAUCCCCUAGUUUGGCUCAACCGGGUCUCAGGGGAUAAUGCCCGUUUGCUGCGCUGGAGCCUGGCGUUACAGCCCUAUGACUUUACUAUUCAUUAUCGCCCAGGCAAGCAAAACGAGAAUGCUGAUGGACUGUCGCGCCAAACGGACUUGGCCUCAGAUUAAAAACUUUGGAAAGUCCCGUCAACCCUAUUGGACCAGGAAAGGUCCAACCGAGUUGCCGGAGCAGGGAGAAAAAGGGGGGCCAUUGUGAAGGAUUUUUCAUGUAUUUGCCUGUGGGCCCUGAGUUAAACCUUCUCCCUGCUGUUUAAAUGCUUGUAUCCGUUCGGUUCAAUAUGUAUGUACCACUUUAAGAACCAAGGGUAUGUGUGUGUAAUGCAUUGCAGAACAUUUUUAAAAAGUUGACAGUUGGCAGUUAAUUCCUGGAGCCGAGAUUAAAGUUCAGUUGACUCCCUGAACGGUGUUUCAUCUGGUUACUGGGGGAUUUGGGAUAUUACCUUCUAUACCAGCGGAGAUCUGGGGACUUAAUAUUGCAGUCCCGUUACAAUACUCACACAAAGUUGCUGCUACAGGCAUUUAUAUACCCAUUUUAAGAGCUGUGUGCCAUGCUCACUCUUAAUGCUGAAUACAGCUCAUCCAUCAGUCUCCAAGUUGUAGCAGUGGGUAAUUUUUAAAUUCCCACUGAAAGGGCUGCAUACAGCUCAUCGGUCAGCACAGGGCCCCUAAUAUUGGCUCCAGCUGAGAAAGAGGAGCUCCAAUUAUCAAAUGACUGUUACCCUGCUGGUAAAAUAGCACAUGACAGAAUUAUCCCGUCAUGGGGCCUUAAGUGAAGGACAUCCAUGAUGGAAUAAUUCAGUAAUGCAUCUUUAAAGGGACAGACCAGACCCCUAAAGCAUUUCUUCAGCUUGCUGAAGUGAAUUAUGUGUGAAGAGUGUGUCAUCUUCUUGUUUCCUUUUAUAAACAUUGCAGAUUUCAAUUAUAAACUAACCAUCAGACAAACCAUCUUGUUACUUCCUGGUUUGGUUAGCUCAGUGGAGCUAAACUCAAGAGGCAGGCAAUUGCUAGGAGUACCUGCUUUGCAAAAACCUCUUAUUGAGCAGCAUUAGGUUGUCUGUAAUUGAACAGCUGCAGAAAGUCUGGGGGCGGGUUAGGAGAGGGCUUUCAAAUGCUUCAGACGAGAUCUGCAGCUUUUGCAAGAUGUUAGAUUUACCUCCAAUGACUAAAUGACUACCGUAUUUUCCGGCAUAUAUGACGACCCACAACUUUUCCAGUUAAAAUAUAGAGUUUGGGAUAUACUCACCUUAUAAGUCUACCCCUCCUCCAACGCACACCAUGUAAAAAAAAAACAUUGAAUCCUCCUUACUCACCCCCCCUCUCCCUGUGGUCUCCUUACUUCUCCCCCCUCCCUGUGUUCUCUUUACUCCCCCCCCCGUGUUCUCUUUACUCCCCCUCUGUAUUCUCCUUAUUCCCCCCUCUGUAUUCUCCUUACAUUCCCCUCCUUCUCCUUAUUCCCCCCUCUGUGUCUGUAUUCUCCUUAUUCCCCCUCUGUAUUCUCCUUAUUUCCCCCUGUAUUCUCCUUAUUCCCCAUUAUUCUUCUUAUUCCCCUGUAUUCUCCUUAUUCCCCCUGUAUUCUCCUUAUUCCCCCCUGUAUUCUCCUUAUUUCCCCCCCCUCUGUAUUCUCCUGUGUUCCCCUGUAUUCUCCUUAUCACCCCCCCUAUUUGUCCUUAUUCCCCCCUCUGUAUUCUCCUUAUUCCCCCUCUGUAUUCUCCUUAUUCCCCCCCUCUGUUUAUGUAUUCCCCCCUCUGUAUUUCCUUAUUCCCCCCCCUCUGUAUUCUCCUUAUUCCCCUAUGUAUUUUCCUUAUUCCCCCCCCUGUAUUCUCCUUAUUCCCCCCUCUGUAUUCUCCUUAUCUCCCCGUAGUCUCCUUAUUCCCCCAUUUGUUCUCCUCACCUCCCCUGUAGAGUUGCCGAGCUCCUCUCCGGUCCGUGGUACAGGAGCUUUUGUUUCCUGUACCCGGCCGGACUGACAGGAAGUGCACACUAAGUGUGCCCUUCCAGUCAAUCCGGCCGGGCACCACGGACCGGAAAGGAGCUCGGCCACGCUACAGGGGAGGUGAGGAGAGUGGCAGUGCUGCAGCCGCCUGAGGCUCACUAUAGAGCGCUCGGGCGGCUUCAGCAUUAGAAGGGCCGGCAAUGGGGGCGCAGGGUGCCCCCUCCUAUAUGGCUCCCUAGACCCGCCCUAUAAGAUGACACCCGGCGUAUAAGACGACCCCAUACUUUUGAAAAGAUUUUCCUGGGUUAAAAAGUCGUCUUAUACGCCGGAAAAUACGGUAGUUAAAUGCAUGCAGGUUUUUAUUGGGGUAUUCUACUAAACUGUGAUAUAUUUGUGUUUUGACAGUGAAAUACCCCUUAAGGGUGUUAAAGGUAUAAUGAGAUUCUUAAACUAAAUGAUUUCCAUGGAAGAGGUGAGAAAAAUGUAGUUACCGUUUUUGAGGUCUGCUACUGAACCCAUGUUGGACAUGGCAAACUAUCUUGUCUAGAGGAGAUUUAAUUAUAGAAGUCUAGUUCAUCCUGGGUGAUCUCAAUAGUAUGAUACUCGGUAUGGCAUUGAAAGCUUGCCUCAUAGUUUAUAUGAUCACCGCAAUAUUCUUUGGUUUACUCUUGCAGGAAUUUCUCAGCGGGGAGAGCCUUUUAGAUGAUUUAAUAUACAAGUUACAAGAAUCUGCUGACAUCGAGGCCCUUCUUGAAGUUAUAGAAAAGGAUUCAUCGAAGUUUAUUAGAUGAUAUACACAAGCUGUUCUCAAGCUUGAAGCAAUACAUCUGUUCAUCCUACUGUCCCUAAGGAACUUACAGCCUUGUUGAACCCAACAGCGUGAAUUGCAUGAUAAACAACAUCUGGUAGAGUGGCCUUGAUCAUUUUUAAGUUUAGCCAAUGAGCGACAAGGUGACUUUGUUUUGCUCAAUAACCAUUUGUGUGGAACGGUUACUAAACUGGUUACAAUGAGCAGACUGUGCUGUAGUAAAAUUUUACAAUAAUUACCAAAUUCCUAUCCAACACACCACCAGAUCAGAAAGGGAGGGGGAGGAGGGAAGGGAAAUGUACAAAUGAUACAAAUGCUUAAAGCUUUUUAUCAAUAAAAUGUGUGAACAAAAUAAAAACAUAUAAACCCAUGUAUAUUAAGAUUCCCUCUGCUGAACUUGACAGUUUUACUCUCUAAGAUAAAAAGAGGAAAGAUAUUUUUUGUUUUAAGGGUUGGUAUUAGUGUAAGACAGAAAACACAUGGACAAAGAGAAGAAGGUAAGAGGUAACUAAGUUGCAGGACAGAGAUAUAUAUUAUAUGAAGACCCACCUAAAAACCAUGCAUUACCCCUACUAAUGGAUACACAAAGUUGCACUUAAAUUAGGACUGAUCAAGAUGAUUGGCGCUUUUGAUGCAGGAUGGCUUUCUGCCAAGCAGGUACUGAAUAGGGAUAGGUAUUGGCCAUUGCUGACAGAAGAUUCACAACUGUCAUAAGUCAUUACCCCUACACUAUCUAACGCCCAGACAUGGGUGUUUCUGGCAAAUAUGUUGGAACCUAGUCAUCUUAAACCUAUACCACAUAUGAGAACAUGGCUGCUUAAUCCUCCUGUUAACACAUGUUAAUGCAUUCAUUGUAUGACCUGCAAAUAUAUUUGAAAGAACAACUAAAACCUAGGCUGAUAGUUUUAAUUCAUGUACAUUCCAAUCAAAGUCAUUUAUGAAUUGUAACACCACAGUGGUAGUCUAUCUGCUAACAAGCUUCUGUAGUAUUAAGUAUGUCAGUAGGACCUUCUGUGAACUUAAAGUCUGAAUAAUGGAACAUGUACAUUCUGUUAGGAGUAACAGAGACACGCAUGUCUCUAGACACCUAAAACUCCAUCAUUUCCUAUGAAAGGAGACUGGGAUUUAUGACUUCACCAAUAGGAAAGGUUAUGCAUCUACAACUCUUAAACCAAAUGGUCUGAAUGAAGGUUUCUCUUUUGCAUCUUUGAUUAGUUUAUUGUAAAUAGUGUAUAUAAUUAUGUGGUUAGUGUGUUUUAUGAAUUAUUUUGUAGCUUUGAAAAACUCAUUUUUAAAUGAGAUUAAUUGUACACCACAACAUGAUCUCCUGGCUUGAUUAAAAAGAAGUGGACCUCUACUAGCAUGAUUGCUAGAGAAUAGCAGGAGGAUGAUACUGUACACCAAUGCUAAUAACCACCAGGUCAACAUUAACCAUGAAAAAUAUUUAUUGGUUGGUUUUGAAUAUCCAAUUCACAGCAGUAUACCAUCUCUAAUAUUUCAAAUAUGUUCACCAUAGGAUCCUGAACAUCCUGGAUACCACACCUGGUGAAUUGACUAAGAAUACAUUUACAGCAUAUACUAUGUGGUUCUGGGAGUCAUAAAGGACACUGAUUUGUAUGAAUAAGGGAGCGUCAAUAAUUCCAUAUUUGGUAAAAUGUGUUAGUGUUGCAUUUUACUGUAUAUUUUAUUGUUUUUUAGUUUAUUGUGUAUUAGAAUAAAACAAAU